AUGAGUCCCCUGCGUCAGGAAAAGAAAGGGAUGAACACUGGAAACUUGGAAGGGAAGGGGGGUGCUGAGAAACAGGAGGGGGUGGAGGAGAGUAGGGAACAAGAAGUCGGGGAACAGAACUCAUUCUCUGAGCCCAGCGGGAGCAGGCAGGGGCUCAAGGAUAAGCACUCAGAGCCCCGGAGGGUCUCUGUGUUGCCCCUGCAGUGGAGAAUUACCCACAGCUCCCGCUGGAUAGCGCAGGUGCUGGCCUCCGAGCUCAGCCUGGUCGCCUUCGCCCUGCUGCUGGUCAUGGUGUUCUCCAAAAAAUGGCUGGACCCCUCUAGAAGCCGCUUCUACCAGCGCUGGCCCACCAACGUCAGUGCCGGAAUCUACACGGCCACCCACGUCAUGUCCAUGGGGCUCCUGGAGAUCUGCAGAUCCAACAACUGUUUCCACUCAGAAAACUGGAAAGAUAAUUACAAGCUGUGGACCAAUCACCCAAUCUUCGGGGUGGCCGUGAUAACUUUCUGCCUGACGCUGGUGCUGGGCUUUCUCUUUACCAUCUGGUUGCACCUGCCGUACAUACCCAGUCUUCAAAGACUGCCCUGCUUCAGCUGGGUUGGGACUAUCAUGAGCUUCUUUGAAGUUUUCCUUAUUUUCUUCACCAUGAUGUUGUUUCCUAUUAACCUCUGGAUAUUUGAGUUGAAGAAGAAUUUAUCAAUCCCCAUUGGCUGGAGCUAUUUCAUAGGCUGGCUGGUGUUUGUCCUCUAUGUCACCUGUGCAGCCCUGUGCUACUUCAACCAUAAACAUUUCUGGAGGGUGAUUUUGAACCGUCCCGCUGGCACCAUGCUCUGUAGCAACUUUUCCAGCCCCCAAAAAAACUUGGAGACGAAGCUGGUUGUCUCACACAGCUCGGGCGACCAGCAGGACGUCCGAGAUCCUGAGCAAAAGGAGGCAUCUCCGUAA